AUGGUGGUGCAGACGGAAAAACGCGAUGAGAACCUAGACGAACCCCCUCUGAUCCCAAUCAGGGCUGCUCCCGGUUCAACCCCACGCCAGCCGCCACUGCUCGAAACAUCAUCAGAUUACUCCGUUUGGAAAUUUAAAGUCACAGCCUACCUUCAGAGAGUCCCAUUGACCGAGCAUUUCAACUACCUCGUUUCCUAUCUGAGCGAUGAAGCAGUACGCAGGGCUAUUGCGAAUGGUUUUGCGGCCAGUAACACCCUCUCACAAAACUGGAGAAUUCUAGAUGACUGUUUUUCCAUGCCUGUAGACACUCAGCAGAUGACAAUUCAGUUCUUAUCACGCCAUCAGAAAGCGAGCGAGAACCCAAUAGACUAUCUCCAUUCCCUGCAGCAAGUCGCAGUGCAGGCAUUCCCUCGGUUAGAUAUGAUAGGACGAGAGGAACUAAUACGCUCACGUUUUGUCGAGGGUCUGUUACCUGGACCACUCAAAGAACAUUUUCUUCGAAAUCCGCCAGCUGAUACAUCUGAAGUAAAAAGAACAACAUUACGUUUCCUGGCCGCUGACAAAUUAGUGAAUUCAGCCAGUGCACAUUCAUCAUCAGUAACGACGGUUGAACGAGCUACAAAACCUAGUGGCCCGGACACCUGCCAGACUACAGUGGCUGUGACCGACCUUCCCGGCCGAGGUGUUAUCCACAGACAGUCUAAUUCGAGGUGGAAUAAACAACCAGCAUGGGGAAACUACAAUGGGCGUCAGGCUGGCUGUAUAUAUUGCAAACGGUUUGGCAGGAACGCCAGAAGAUGUGGUCACAAUCGCCCCCGUAAACCAGGUAAGCGGCGUUUUGGUUACUUAUCUUCCUAUGUUAAUCAUGUCCAUCCAACUACAUUUAAAGGUAGAGUACAAGACAUCGAGCUGGAUAUACUUCUAGACACAGGGGCUUCAGUAUCCCUCAUUAAGGAAGAUUUCUUGCAGAGACUUAACAACAGCACUCAGCGUAAACAGUGCUCCUCCACAUUAAUCACGGCGAGCGGAGACCCCUUGAUUGCGUGUUCUAAGAUCGGGUUAGAGAUCACAAUAAACAAGAGCUCUUUUCGACAUGAAUUCCUGGUCUGCCCCACACUGACCUGGAACAUGAUUCUCGGGGUUGACUUCAUGUUAAGGUAUCAGGCCUCUAUAGACAUGAAUAAGUCGGAAGCUAAAAUUGGCGGGGUUGUCGUGCAACUACAACGCCAGGAAAUGCCAACCGAAACCGUAGCCCAGGUGGAAAUUGCAGAGAUUGUACGUCAGGUACAAGAUAACCAAGUAAUAAGUGAAAAGGACCGUCGAGCCACCAUUGACGUACUCCAACGAUUUAGCUCUGUUUUCUCGGAGAAUAUCUCUGGAAAUCGAACAACCAUUGUGCAACAUUCCAUUGUUACAGGUGACCACAUGCCAUUACGCCAACCACCUCGUAGAGUCCCGGUGCAUUAUCAGCCUCAUUUAGAAUCAAUGAUAAAAGAUAUGCUAGAAAAAAAGAUUAUUGUACCAUCUUCGUCACCCUGGGCAUCGCCAAUUGUCUUAGUAAAAAAGAAGGAUUCCUCCCUACGACUGUGUGUAGAUUACCGACGCCUUAAUGCUAUAACUAAGCGUGACUCUUUUCCACUUCCACGGAUAGACGCUACCUUAGAUGCCAUGAAAGGUGCUCGCUGGUUCUCAACGCUAGACUUAGCAUCAGGGUAUUGGCAAGUGGAAGUUCGACCCCAAGAUAGAAAAAAAACUGCAUUUGUAGUGCCUAAUGGCUUAUAUGAAUUUCAAGUAAUGCCUUUCGGGCUAACUAACGCCCCAGCCACCUUCCAACGAUUGAUGCAGACAGUUCUGCAAGGUCUCGUACCGCACCAGUGCUUAAUCUACCUUGAUGAUAUUAUUGUAUAUGGCAGCACGCCAGAACAACAUAAUGCCAAUUUGAAGGCAGUCCUACAACGUAUUAGGCAGCAUAACCUAAAAGUGAAACCAUCUAAAUGUCGACUGUUGCAAAAAGAAGUGCUCUUUUUAGGGCACCGCAUUACGGAAGAUGGAGUGGCAACAGAUAAAGAAAAGACACGUGUAAUUGUUAAUUGGCCGCAACCAAAAUCACCCGAAGACGUUCGUAGCUUCCUUGGAUUAGCUUCUUACUAUAGACGCUUCGUACGUGAUUUCGCAUCAUUAGCAGCACCUUUACACCGAUUAACCCACAAAGGACGAAAAUUUUUAUGGACCAGCGAGUGUCAACAGGCGUUCGAUGCUUUGAAGGCUCGGUUAACUUCUCCACCUAUAUUAGCCUUUCCAGAUACUUCAGCAGACGGAGGCGAAUUUAUACUGGAUACGGAUGCUAGUUCCUCUGCUAUUGGAGCAGUUUUAUCACAAGUAGAUCGAGAUGGACACGAAAGGGUCAUUGCGUAUGCUAGUCGACGACUAGAUAAGAGUGAAGCACGAUAUUCUACAACACGUCGGGAGAUGUUAGCACUAGUAAAAUUCUUACAACAUUUCCGCCAUUAUCUUCUGGGUAAACCCUUUCGUGUGCGCACGGAUCACCGUGCACUACAGUGGCUCCGCUCUUUCCGCGAACCAGAAGGGCAAGUGGCACGCUGGCAGGAACGACUACAAGAGUUCGAUUUCACAUGCGAGUAUCGACCGGGAAAUCGACAUGCAAACGCGGAUGCUCUCUCCCGAAUACCCCAGACCACGGAUAUUAUUAACGCAAUUCUUAGUACAGCCCCGGAGACAGACUGGCCCUCCCUACAAGCAACAGAUCCAGACUUACAGAUUGUUUAUCAAAGACAGCUACAUGGAAAUAGUAAGCCAUCCAUGAGGGAGCUUAAAGAUCAAUCCGUAACAACUCGUCGUAUUUGCAGCAAAUGGGGCAACCUCAAACUAUAUGGUGACACAUUAUUCCUAAUGAAUGAAUCAAAACAACCCCUACUGAUAG